AUGGCGUCAAACCUGGAGUGCAGAAUGUACGAAGCGCAAUAUCCAGAAGUGGAUAUGGCUGUGAUGAUUCAAGUGAAAAGCAUAGAAGAAACGUGUGCUUAUGUCUCCCUCCUGGAAUACAAUAACAUCGAGGGUAUGAUACUAAUAAGUGAGCUUUCAAAAAGACGUAUUCGAAGUGUCAAUAGUGUGAUAAAAGUUGGAAGACAAGAACCAGUUAUGGUAAUUACGGUUGAUGGAGAUAGAGGCUAUAUUGAUUUGAGUAAAAGAAGAGUUUCUGAAGAAGAUAUUGCUGUUUGUGAAGAAAGAUAUAAUAAGAGUAAACUUGUUCAUUCUAUUAUGAGGCAUGUUGCUGAGACUAUGCAACUCGAUUUGGAGGAUCUGUAUACUCAUGUUGGAUGGCCUCUAUAUCGAAGCUAUGGGCAUGCUUAUGAGGCCUUCAAGUUAAUCGUUGCUGAUCCUGAUACCAUUCUCGAUUCACUCACACGUGAAGUUCAAGAAGUUGGCCCUGAUGGAAAAGAGGUGACUAAAGUGGUACCCGCACUGACAGAGGAGGUUAAAGAUGCUUUGAUUAAGAACAUCAGAAGGCGUAUGACUCCACAGCCAAUGAAAAUUCGUGCUGAUAUUGAAAUGAAAUGCUUUCAGUUUGAUGGGGUUCUCCAUAUCAAGGAAGCGAUGAGAAUAGCUGAAGCUAGUGGAAAUGAUGACUGUCCAAUUAAAAUUAAACUGGUGGCAGCUCCUCUAUACGUUCUGACGACUCAGACUCUUGAUAAGGAGCAAGGGAUAAGGGUUCUUACUGAUGCAAUCGAAGCUUGCACUGAAAAAAUAGGUAGCCACGGGGGGAGACUGGUAGUAAAGGAGGCACCAAGAGCGGUGACCGAACGUGACGAUAACCUACUUGCCGAACAGAUGAGAAAACUUAACCAAUCAAGCCAAGAAGUCAAUGGUGAUGAUGAUAGUGAAGAGGAAGAUACAGGAAUGGGAGAAAUUGAUGUUGAUGGACCUUCAGGUGUCCACGAGCAGUAA